GAUGACGUGCUGCUAAACGACAGUCAAACUCUUGGAAACUGUGGCUUCACGAAUCAAACAGCCCGACCCCAGGCUCCAGCCAUGGUGGGGUUAGCUUUUCGUCUGGGCGACGACUCGUUCGAGCAGCUGAGGAUCGAGUCCUUCUCCACUCCGCCGGAGCUUCCAGACGUCAUGAAGCCCCAAGACUCUGGCAGCACAGCCAACGAGCAGGCGGUCCAGUGAGGGGUGGGGCGGGGUUCUGAAGACGGGAACCACAGCGAGGGCGGACGGGAGGGCACGUUUGGGGGGAGGGGGGGUUGAAUUUUGGGAAGAGGUGCCUCAGCGGGUUAGGUUUUCCCAUAUUGCCAACGCAGCUCUUCAAGUGAGGCAUAAACAAUAACAAAUGUGGACUCCCUUUUAAAUUCGUGGGGCUCCAGAGUGGUUAAUUUGUCUUGAAAUUAGUGGGCGCAUGCUAGAUAAAUUUCUAUUUUCACACAGAACCCUUCAGACGCACCUGAUGGACUCGUCACGACACUGUCGGUCAUCUGGUUGGUAAAGGCUGCAGCCAAGAAUUGUACCUCUUAUUUAAUGAUUUCUCCUCUUUAUUUUGGAGCGAGGUUAGCGCUGCCUUGCUCGCGGUCUUUACUUUGCUGGCUUACAAGUUAAAGUUGACAACGUGUGACAUUUUUAGGCUGUUAUGUUUUGUGUUUCUAUAACUAAAGUUUAUUUGUWUUUGUUUUUUUCUUCUUCUUUAGCCUGGAUAUGUGUCGCAACUACAAGUGAGAGUUUGUGAAUUUCUAAAUUAUCAUCUGUAUUUCAGAAACCUUUUGAACAAUGCUCAAAUAAAAAUAGAUUUACUUGUU